GGUUGUGAUAUCAGGCACUCACUCAACUCAUAGCUUGUAACCGAUGCCCUGAGUUCCUGCGAGAAACCCUUCUCCUUUUUCCUUCCUUGUGUCAAUUCAAACUCAACGCUCUGGUCAUGGAAAUGAAAUCUUGGUAGUGAUCUUCUUCGUCACCCGUUUUUGAGGUAGCGAUCUUCUCCAGUCUUCACCCAAGCAGAAACCUCAAAGUAGUAGAAAGUAAUUGGCUUUCUCUCUCCAAUUAGAGGUUAGGGCUUUCAUCUCUCUCUCUGCAUCUGCAACUAGGGUUUCAAUCUUCAAGAUUCAUAUAUUAGCCAUGACAAGGAAAAGAAAAUCAACAGCUAAGGCCAUCGAAAUAGGAAACGAAGGAAAACAAAUUCAAGAAAUGGGUCCUUUUAUAUCAGAUCUUCCAAAGUCCGUCCUUCAAGAUGUUCUAAUAAAGCUGCCGAUAAGGAGCAUUAUCAUGUGCAAACGUGUCUGCAAGGCUUGGUAUUCUCUGAUUUCAGACCAUGAAUUUGCUAAGCUGCACCUUGCACAAGCUGAGGCCUGUCCUUUGGUCCGACCCUCUGCCCCAACACGCGUGUCAAGGACCGUUUACUUGCUUGAGCUGGAAGAGAAGUCUGAUUUUGACUUGAAGGACUAUGUCGGUGAUGCUGGCACAUCGGAGUGUAUCCACUUUCACCUCCGAAUGAAUUUUGCCAAAUUCAAGAUCCCUUUACGGAAUGCUGACCAAGCCAUCCAUGCAAUGCGUAAUAGGAAAGGUAGAACUAAAAGGAAACCUUGCAUUAAGUUGGAGCCAUUGGAUCACAAAUACAUGUAUGUGAAUUCAUGUAAUGGCUUGCUUUUCUUGGCUGAAACAUUCUACAACGACCCUCUUGUUGUGUGCAAUCCAAUAACGGGUGAAUUUAUACAACUUCCUGAAGCUUCCAAGGAUGAGAGUCGAGAGAGAUUAUCUAUACGCUGUGCAUUAGGUUACAGUCCGAAGACUAACCAAUAUAACGUGUUGAGAGUCUUUAGCCAAGGAACACCCAAUCUAGUUCGGAUGGUUGAGUUGUACACACUUGGGCAGAGUUCAUGGAAAUCUCUUGGUACUGCUCCCACGUCAGCAGCAUAUAUGCUAUUGACAUUGCCUACCUAUCUGAAUGGAGAGCUUUAUUGGUUUUACUAUGAGAGUUCAUAUGAGAUAGCGUCUUUUGACUUUGACAAUGAGCAAUUUCACUCAGUUCCAACACCUCCUUUUGAACUGGAGGAAUGUCAGCAUGUGAGCUUGGGACUUUUGGGAGGUUCUCUUUGUGUAUGCUAUGCUCAUGAGAAUCGUAUCAAUGUGUGGGUAAUGGAAGAUUACGGUACACAAAAAUCUUGGACCAAUAGAUUUUCUAUUAAGACUGAUGAUGGUGUGUGGUGGCCAAAGGGUUUAUAUGAACCAAUGAGAUACUUAAAAAAUGGGGGUUUGUUGAUGUUUAACCAUUCUACUGUCACUUUGAUUUACUAUCACCCAAGAAACUACAGAUCGUUAAUUUAUCUUAAGCUUCGUGGGUUUAGUCCAUAUUUUGAAGCAAUUAGUCAUGUUCCAAGCUUCAUUUCUCUCAAGGACAUUUUGAUGGGCAAUGAUGUAGAAGUACUCAAUAUAAAUUCAAGGUGUGCAGAGUGCAAGCUUCCCGGCGAGACUAGAGGUCUUGAUUUGGUGAAUUUGGAUGCAGACGUGGCAUCAGAUGAUCGUUCUUUUAAGGAAUUUAGAAUGAAACAGGGAUUCUACCGGUGGCAAUAAUGCAGCCUUACAGUGGGCUAAAUAACUUCUCAUGGAGUGGCAACUUUCAACCUACAUCUGGAGGGUUUGAGUUUUUGAGUUUGAGUCAAAUACCCUGAACCUCGCUUCCCCUCUAACCUAAAGUUACCAGCUAAUGCAUUAUUGUUGUAAGUUACAUUUUUAUUUUUGAUGUAUUUUUAUUUUCUAUAAUAGUUUUGGGUCAGAAUAUUAGUGGUCAUGUCUAUGGAAGGACACAAAAUAAAACUUGGCUUAUUAGGUGUUCUUAUCAUCUAUAGCUUCAUUGAUUUUGAAAUUUAAAGAGAUUAAUUAUCUAGGCCAUAUAUCCCUCAAACAGAAAUAAAUUACUCCAGGCAGACACAAUAUUCAUUACAGUAAUUGCUGGAAGAUUCUGUUUCCUUAUUGCUAUGCCCGUGUUUUGGGUAUCUAAAGUUAUGUCCUGAUAGACUUAUAUUUAAUCAUUUUCCCAGCAUAAACCGUAAAUACUAAACCCUAAACUCAGAAUGUUUAACUCUUAAAAGCACGAAAUAGGUUGGAUAUAAAAACAAUGAGACAAGUACCCAAAACAUAAACAUAGGAUCCUAUUUCUUUCUAUUUUAGGGAUCAAAUUAGGUGUUACUGACUCUGGUAUGUUUGUUUGUUUACUUAAUAAUUUUAAGCAAACAACACCUCCUUUUCCAUUUAUGCAAAGAAGAGACUAAUAAAGGGUAAACAGGCAGGAGAUAUUCAAAUUAUAGCUUUGCCUGUAGUCGUAAUUGAAAUACACUCCCCC